CUUAUACAUGGGAUACAGGAGUUCUGAGCCAGUUACUCUGAGAAGAAGGGCCAGAUCAUUUCCGGGUUAAUCACUUCCGCUACCAUAAGAAUAAUGUGGGUGGAGAAAUAGACCUCUCAUUAUUGCCCAGUAUACAGCAGUAACCAAAUGAUCAAGUCCUUUAAGAUGAACAAACUCUGAGAGAUUCCAGGAGAGUAACUAGACAGGGACAUACAAGAGGGGAGGAUAGUGGGGUGGAGAACCCUUCAUGUAUAAGAAAUAAAAAUAUUAUAGUAUAAAACCAUCAAAUAGUGACUGGAAACAAGCUUCCUAAAGAUAAAGGCAACAAUGAAUCGUAUAUUCUGGCCAGGGAUUGUAUGCUUCUUAUUGACAUUUUGCUCGGUGGCCAAGGCGUCUGAAAACCAUUCUAAGGAUGCAUUUCCCUGGAAAGAUCUUAGGUUACCAAAAUAUGUCACCCCUUUGCACUAUGACCUAUCUAUACACCCAAACCUGACUACACUUACAUUUGCUGGCCUUGCCAAGAUCACAAUUGUUGUAAGACAGCAAACAAAUUCUGUCAUUCUGCAUAGUAAACAUCUGAUCAUAACCAAGACAAGUUUAGAAAGAAAAAAGGGCAACGGGCUUGUACAACAAGAUUUACACCUUCUGGAACAUCCUGCAAGUGAACAAAUUGCACUUCAAGCUGCUGAUCCACUGAGCGCUGGAGAAAACUAUACCCUGCUUAUUGCCUACAAUGCCAACCUCUCGGACAGCUUCCAUGGAUUUUAUAAAGGCUCUUAUAGAACCCCAGAUGGGCAGAUCAGGGUUCUUGCAUCGACCCAGUUUGAGCCUACAGCCGCCCGUAUGGCCUUCCCAUGUUUUGAUGAACCUGCAUUUAAAGCCAGUUUCUCCAUUAAAAUCCGAAGAGAAGCAAAGCACAGUGCUGUGUCCAACAUGCCCAUAGUGAAGACUGUACACGUGGGUGAUGGGCUCUUAGAAGAUCACUUUGACGUCACGGUUAAGAUGAGCACCUAUCUUGUGGCGUUUAUUGUUUCGGACUUCAGAUCAAUCAGUCAGGUCACAAGUCAUGGGGUCAAGAUCUCUGUCUAUUCUGUCCCACAUAAGAUAGAACAAGCUGUGUAUGCCUUAGAUGCAGCAGUAAAACUUCUGGACUUUUAUGAAGAAUAUUUUCGGAUACCGUACCCUUUGCCAAAGCAAGAUCUUGCGGCAAUUCCUGACUUUCAGUCUGGUGCAAUGGAAAACUGGGGGCUUACGACUUACAGAGAGUCCUCAUUGCUGUAUGAUCCUAAGACAUCCACAGCCUCUUAUAAACUCUGGAUUACAAUGGUUAUUGCUCACGAGUUGGCUCAUCAGUGGUUUGGAAACCUGGUAACAAUGGAGUGGUGGAAUGAUCUGUGGCUGAAUGAGGGUUUUGCCAAGUUCAUGGAGUAUAUUGCUGUCAAUGUUACUUAUCCAGAGCUGCAAGUUAAUGACAAGUUUUUAGACAAGUGUUUUGCUGCCAUGGAAGUGGACUGUUUAAACUCCUCCCAUGCUGUGUCCACCCCGGUGGAGAAUCCUGAACAGAUAAUGGAGAUGUUUGAUGAGGUGUCCUAUGAUAAGGGUGCUUGUAUUUUAAAUAUGUUGCAAGACUACAUGGGUUCGGAAGGUUUUGAAGCCGGUAUUAUACAUUACUUGCGCCGCUUUAGCUAUCGUAAUGCAAAGAAUGAAGACCUAUGGGACAGUAUGACUGAUAUUUGUCCUUCAGAAGACUCCGCCAGUGGUAAUAAGGAGACAAGUGGAUUUUGCAGCAAAGGCCAAAAAAAAUCACACUGGACAGAUGAUAAUAUCAUGGAUGUAAGGUCGAUGAUGAAUACAUGGACACUACAGAAAGGUUUUCCAUUAGUUAUUGUAACAGUAAAAGGAAAGUAUGUCCAUGUACAACAAGAACAUUAUCAGAAAGGCACCAAAGAUGCAGAAUCAGCAGGGAUGCUAUGGCAUAUUCCUUUGACAUAUAUCACCAAUAAAUCAAAUGCAGUUCAAAGAUUUUUGCUUAAAACCAAGAAAGAUAUGUUGGUCCUGCCAGAAGAAGUUGAAUGGAUCAAGUUCAAUGUGGGAAUGAAUGGCUACUACAUUGUUCAUUAUGAAGAAGGCGGCUGGGAUUCUUUGAUAAAACUCUUGAAGGAGAAUCACACGGCUAUAAGCAGCAACGACCGAGCCAGUCUCAUCAGCAAUGCCUUCCAACUUGUGAGCAUUGGUUACCUACCAAUUGACAAAGCUCUCAGCUUAACAAUGUAUCUGAAAAAGGAAGAUCAGAUCAUGCCAGUCUUCGAAGGUUUAGAUGAACUGGUCCCUAUAUACAAACUAAUGGAAAAGAGAGACAUGAAGGAGAUUGAAGCUCAAAUGAAAGGUUAUAUCUUAAACCUUCUCCACAACCUCAUAGAUGCCCAGUCAUGGACAGAUGAUGGCACAGUGUCUGAGAGGAUGCUCCGCAGUUCCCUGCUCAUGUUCGCUUGUUACCGUAAACACCAGCCUUGUGUCCAGAAGGCCCAGGAGUAUUUUAACAACUGGAAGGAAUCCAACGGUUCAUUAAGUUUGCCACGUGAUGUCGUCCUAGCUGUUUAUACUGUCGGUGCUCAGACAUCUGAAGGCUGGAACUAUUUGUUUGAAAAAUACAAAACGGCUGCAACCGGUGAAAUGCAUCUCAUUGAAUAUGCACUGACAUUAACUGAAGAUCAAGGCAAACUGCAGUGGCUCAUGGAUGAGGCUUUGAAAGGAGAUCUUAUAAAAACUCAAGAACUGCCACAUAUUGUUGCCUCUGUGAGCAGGAACCAAGUUGGUCACUUGUUGGCUUGGAAUUUUGUGAAGACUAACUGGCAUCAACUCAUCCAAAAGUUUGAGUUGGGAUCCCGUUCGAUUGGGGACAUGGCUGUCGGUGUUACAAGACUAUUCUCUACUAGGGAAUGGCUGGAAGAGGUAACAACUUUUUUUGAAUCAUUGAAAGAAAAUGGCUCCCAACUACGGUGUGUGCAGCAAGCAAGAGAGACUAUGGAGGAAAACAUUAGAUGGAUGGAUAACAACUUUGACAUAGUUAAAGCCUGGCUAGAGAAUAAUGGUUUAUAGAUAUAAAAUUAAUUUGAUGCCAUAUGAUGACAUGGUUAACAGCACUGGUACGGCUAUUUAGAAACCAGCCUGGUAAAAGGCCUAUUGGGGGGGGAUUACCAUUUGUCUUUAAUUUUUUAUUUUUUUUUGGUGGUAAAAAGUCACAAAUUUUUCCAACAGGAUAAAAUGCUGCAUAUGUUUGCACAAUAAGUAAACCAUAAAGGAUGUGAAAUUUUAGGAAAUGUGAACCUUUGCAAAAAUUUUCAAAUGCCCCAAGACUAUUUAAUACAUUUUAGAGUGUGUGCAUAAUAGCACCACACAAAAUAAAAGGAAGACAAAAUUGUUUACCUAGUGGUCUCCAAACUGUGGCCCUAGAGCUGUUGCAAAACUAAAACACCCAGCAUCCAAUGGCUGUCUGGGCAUGCUGGGAGUUGUAGUUUUGCAACAUUUGGAAGGUUACAGUUUGGAGAUCACAGACCUAUAUGUUGCAUACCGAAAUCCUUAGCUGGAUGUAUUCAAUGCGAUGGCCUCCUUGUGGGAGCGGAAUAAAAAUUGUUUGGAGAUCACAGACCUAUAUGUUGCAUACCGAAAUCCUUAGCUGGAUGUAUUCAAUGUGAUGGCCUCCUUGUGGGAGCAGAAUAAAAAUUGUGUGGAAUAAUGAUCCUUUGUGACCUUAUUGCCUAUAUACCAUUUGCUAGGAUCACGGCCCCACAUCAAAUGAAUGUCAUUUUUGUGAAUACUGUUGGACAUAAAACAGCUGCUAUAGCGUCUAGUUUGCUGUAAAGUGAAUGUACAUUAAACUAAGCUGGAGGACAAAUUAUAUACACCCCAGUGCCACUGGUACCUAUCCCUUACUUAAAGUAUCCUUAAAGUGCAACAAGAUAAAGUGUAGUGACUGGCAAAGUGUUUAUGCACAAAAAUAAGUUGAAAGUUAAAAGAACAAAUGUUUGCCCAACAUUUAAAGGGGUAUUCUGCCCCCAUGCCCCUUGAUACCACGCCCCUCAAUGCAAGUCUAUGGGAGGGGGCGUGGCUUCCACCACGCCCUCUCCCAUAUACUUGCAUUGAGGGGGAGUGAUGUGACAUCACAAGGGGCGUGGCCAUGAUGUCACGACCCCUGCCGCCCGCUCCAAAUGCUGGGGCAGCAGAGUACCACUUUAAGGUUCCAAUCAUCAGGGAGACUUCAGUUUGCAUGUGUUUGAGCAUACAAAGUGGCAGUGGCUUUGGCUGUGUUUGUAUGCUCCGAGAAACAGAUGAAAACUGAAGUCUCCCAGAUGAUCAGAAUGUGAAACGCUGUGUUGGACACAUUUAUUGUUGUUUUAUCGAUCACCUUAUUUAUUUAUACUCUUUUUGCACAUAAAUACCUUUUCUACUUACUGCAAUUUACCAGUGACUGCACUAUAGAUACAAGAGUAAAAGAAAAAAAAGGGCAAAACCAGCACUUAUUGUAUUAUAUGUGGGAUACCUUCCAUUCUAGAGUGUGUGCCCCAGUUACAUGCUGAACCGCCAGGGUAUACCCUAGAUUGAGAACAAGUCCAACUGUUAUAAACUAUUUUUUAUUACAAAAAACAUCAUCAGAAUUGCAUUUUCUUUUAUUAAAUAAAGGACA